UCGAAAAAAAUUUUAAUUCUAUUAACGGCAACAAGUAAGCGAUUAGUGAAAUCCAAAGUCAAAAGAACGGAAACUUUGAUUUAAAAAGCGACCCAACACAAACGUCUCGAAUUUCUGUGAAUUAAUGAUAAAUAAAAUCGUUCCAAUUUUUAAUAGGACGCUACGGACUCUUAAAAUAAUUUUUUUUCGCCUACUAUGACGCAAUAGGCUGUAAAAGUGUGCCUUUAGAUUAGCACUUCAUACAGAUAUCGAAGAUGAACGAGGGUGCGCCUGUAAUGUUCCAUGCAGGCGGUGGGUACGGUCCGGGUGUUUACGUGAUGCCGAUGGAACGGCCUCGGCAGUAUGGGCUGGAAGUGGUUCCUACGAACGUGACUGGCACAGCUUCCCCCUCGACCCCGAGUACCCCACGUCGCUGGCAGCGCCGCGACCGACAGAAGGAUACAGCAUUUGGAUAUGAUUCAGAUGACUCCAGUUUGUCUAGCAAUGCUUCUAGCUCCAACAAGUCUGGUGAAAAAGGGGAAUGUACGUCUAGCAACCCAGAUCACACGGCAGCGGGGAACACGGCCCAGGUUCUGUACAACGCGCGGGAGUGGCGCGGCCGGCGGCGGGACGUGAGGCCGCAGCGCCGACUCGCACCGGAGCGGUUCUUUAAGGCCACCUAUCCCUUUCAAGUUAAGUUCACACCGGAUGACCUUUUAAAUGGGUCCAAGUACGACACCCUGUCGCAGGAGAUCUGGGACAAGUUCGUCAAGUCGCAGCAGACUGAGGAGACGUUCCGGAAGAAGAUGAACCUUUGGAGAUAUCUAUAUGUCACUAUCAAAACGAUAUUCCCCCGCUACGGGCUGUACGUGGUGGGCUCCACCAUGUCGGGCUUCGGGCUGGAGUCGUCGGACAUGGACCUGUGCCUGCACGUGCGCGCGCACCAGCACGUGGAGCCGCGCCCGCACGCGCUGCUGCACCUCAACUACAUCCUCGGCUACAUCCGGAGCUUCGACCCCGGUGCGGAGCUGAUCCAGGCCAAAGUUCCGAUCCUGAAGUUCCGCGACGUCCGCAACGGGCUCCAGGUGGACCUCAACUGCAACAACGUCGUCGGCAUCAGGAAUACCGACCUGCUGCACUGCUUCUCCAGAAUGGACUGGCGCGUGCGGCCGCUGGUGGCGCUGGCCAAGCUGUGGGCGCGCGCGCACGCCAUCAACGACGCGCGGCAGCGGACGCUCUCCUCCUACGCGCUCACGCUCAUGGUCAUCCACUUCCUGCAGUGCGGCACGAGCCCCCCCAUUCUGCCGCGCGCCUGCGACGUGCUGCGCGCGCCCCCCCGUGGGCCCCCCGGCGCGUCCCCCCCCCACAGCCGCGCCACGCUGGGGGAGCUGUUCCUCAACAUGCUGCGCUACUACGCCACCUUCCCGUACUCGCGCAUGGCGGUGUCGGUCCGGGCGGGCGCGCGCGUGUGCGUGUCGGAGUGUCGCGCCGCCCGCGCCUGCAAGAACGACCCGCACCAGUGGAAGCUGCUCUGCGUCGAAGAGCCCUUCGACCUGACCAACGCGGCGCGCUCCGUGUACGACCCGGACACGUUCGAGCGCAUCGUGAGCACGUUCCGGGACAGCUACAGGCGCCUGUCCGCCGGCCUGCGCCUCGGCGACGCCUGGCCGCAGCGAUGAUACCGGCCCCCGCCCCGCCCGCGCAGCCGCCAAUGAACAAUACAUAUAAAGAAUAACUAAACGUGUAGCACAUUCUAACAAGGUGCGGCGAUUGUAUCCAUGGUUUAGACCGUGACUCCGUCACUUCGAGGUCGACCCGUCUGCGAGUGUACCCGGGGGGCUAGCGGGGGGCGCCGCCCCACACGGUACCCAAAUGCGUCCCCCCGGUGCCACGACGUACUAGGUUAUUGCGGAAAAUAGCUUACAAACAUAGCUCCUAGCACUCACAGCUCCACUAAAUACUAAAUUAUUAUAUAUUUUAUGUGCACGUUUUUUUUAUAUUUGCCGUGCGGUACUUUAAAGGAUGGUAAUAAAAUCUUGAUAGAGUUUCCCAAUCGGAGGGACAAGUGUGCAGCUCGGCGCCGGGACCCGCCUCUGAGCUUAGUGUAGCUGGAGUCGCGCGGCAGCCCCGCCCCCCGCCGCUCCACCCCCGCGACCCCCAAUUAAACUUUAAUAGAUUUACUAGAUCAUGUACCUCACUUUUAAAUAAAGUUAUUUAAUUACAAAUAGGAUUGUUUAUUAAAAAAAUGUAAGUAGGUCCCGCGUGCGGCGGGCGGGAGGGCCCCGCUCUCCCGGAGAAUUUUACUCAGGUUGUGGAAAAGUCACGUGUACUCGGAGAUUAAUUGUUCAGUCAAAUAACGACGGGCCGAUGUCGAGGGAUUGUGUUUUGUUAUUUAGUCUCUUUAAAUGAAACUGGAACACCGGGUGCUCCGCGCCGCGUCGGCUGCUAGCGGAACUAUACAAAGGAACGGGGGGCGUGAUCGAUAUUGUGUGCGCGCCGGGGACUGCGGGGGGCCGCGGGGGGACACGCACCCCGCCCCGCCCCCGCCCCUCCCCGCGCGUCCCGCCGGCGCGCUCCUGUGCAGGAAACGCAUUCAAUUGUACGAGUGUGUCUUAAAUUAAAAUGAGAUAGUUUCAUCCAAACUUUGAAUAGACACAUUAAGUACAUUGAGAACAGUGAACCAUUUCUCUCUUACUUUGGAACUGAAGACAGGCUCACCGCAGCGGUGCCUAGCAGCUAACUGACGUUAGCAAUGGCCGGCCAACCGCUCGCUAAAGGCGAUACCAACUCGAUGAGCUAAGGAAGAAAUGUUCAAUGUGCACUCGGCGACACGUUCGCAAUGUAGAUGCACGCCGGCACGUGCCUCGUGACAACUAGUACAAGAGUCUGCUUACAUUAGUACUGACGCUACAGUUUUGUAUGCAGGACAAACUCUCGUCGGCUCGGCGCUCCGACCGACCAAAUAUACCGACCUGCUUACAUACGUGUGGUUAACGUUCACAGAAUAGUAUUUAAUUAUCUACUUAUAAAUGAGAACUAUAGUCUAGUUUCGACCUAGUCGAAUAGCGUUACUCUAUUUAUGUUGGUAUAGGAUAUUUUAAGAGAUGAAAAAGAUAAAAAGAAUAAUAUGGCAAUUAAAAAAAAAGUCGCAUAAUAUCAAGUAAAUCGGUAGAGAAAAAGAUUAGAAACGUCGCGGUAGUCGCCGGGGUCCGGCUCCGACCUAAGACUGAAUUGUAUCAUAAUAAUAAUAUAUUCGCCUCACUAGUAUCGACGUCGACCCAUCACUAGAGGUCCGCGGACGUGGCGACAUGUUGCGUCCCAAUACGUUUAAUAUUUAUUUAUUUUUUCGUUCUUUAUAAGUUAUUUUAAUAUAUAUAUAUAUAUAUAUAUAUGUUUUUAUGUACAUAGUUAAGAUAAAAAAAACAUUUUUAGUAUCGUGUUCGUUUUGUAAAUAUGUGUACAGAGUAAAUGACAAAAAUAAAUAUAUAAAUAUGAUUAUAUUGGAAUGUACCCGUCGACGGCUCGGCGCGGAGGGUCCGCGGGAGCCUUCACGAAAAUUAUGUUUGAAAGGGAAGAGGAAAACCGGCAGUCGUCAAUGCAAAUUGUAGUACAUCGGUACGCCGUACAAUGGCACGUGUCAUUAACAAUUGUCAACUUUAAAAGUUGCAUUUAUUUAUUCUUCCUAAUGUAUGGGUGCUAGUAGUGAAACUCGCGUGAUCCCCGCGGCGGUCCCCCCGGGGUGGUCCCCACGCGGCGGUUACCCCGGGGCGAUCCCCCCGCGGCGGUCCCCCCGGGGGUCCCGCGGCGCGCGCCAUCGAACCGAUAUGUUCCCGCGAUGCGCGACGCCGGGCGCCGCGGCACACGCACUCACAUUGUUACUCGGAAUUUUAUUAUUUAGCUGUUUAGUACUUGUUUGUUUUUAAUUUUGAAUGUGUUAUCGGAGUUAGUUAAAAUUAAGAUAAAUCUAUGGUAAUGUUAGAAGUUAUAAUGAAUGAUUUAAAAUCACCAUCUUAACGUUGUCCCGCAGCUAAUGUUGUUGUCCGAAGCCGGCUGUUUUAUAUAAUAAUAAUGUUAUUGCGUAAGUUUUAUAAAGAUUUUACACGAGCGGCGCCGCGCCCUCGAAUAAUACCGAGAGUACAAUAAAUAAUGAUUUUUAAUUUAAAAAACGUGUUAUUUGUAAGAAAAACGGUAAGGUUAGAAAAAAAA